CCCGGCGGCCGAGGGAGCCCGGCGCCGGCGGGGUGGUCGCGGCGCGCGGCGCCCGCUCAGGAUGUCGCGCAAGGUGCCCCGCGCGGAGGUGUGCGCCGACUGCAGCGCCCCAGACCCUGGCUGGGCGUCAAUCAAUCGCGGAGUGCUGGUCUGCGAUGAAUGUUGCAGCGUCCAUCGCAGUCUGGGGCGCCAUAUAUCCAUCGUCAAGCACCUUCGACACAGCCCUUGGUCGGCCACCUUGUUGCAGAUGGUGCACACCCUCGCGAGUAACGGUGCCAAUUCUAUAUGGGAACACUCGCUGCUUGAUCCGGCGCAGGUCCAGAGCGGGAAGCGUAAGGCUAACCCGCAGGAUAAAGUCCACCCCACCAAGUCUGAAUUCAUCCGUGCCAAAUACCAGAUGCUGGCCUUUGUCCACAAGCUCCCGUGCCGAGAUGACGACGGCGUCACCGCCAAGGACCUCAGCAAGCAACUUCAUUCAAGCGUCCGGACGGGGAACCUGGAGACCUGCUUGCGCCUUCUUUCCCUGGGCGCCCAGGCCAACUUCUUCCACCCGGAGAAAGGGACGACGCCCCUGCACGUCGCUGCCAAGGCAGGCCAGAUCCUCCAGGCGGAGCUGCUCGUCGUCUACGGGGCGGACCCCGGGGCGCCUGACGUGAACGGACGCAGCCCCAUCGAUUAUGCCAGGCAGGCGUCUCAGCACGAACUGGCCGAGCGCCUGGUGGAAUGCCAGUACGAGCUGACGGACAGGCUGGCUUUCUACCUCUGUGGGCGAAAGCCAGACCACAAGAAUGGGCAUUACAUCAUCCCGCAAAUGGCAGACAGCCUGGACCUCUCUGAGCUCGCCAAAGCAGCCAAGAAGAAACUGCAGGCGCUAAGCAACCGUCUCUUUGAGGAACUUGCCAUGGACGUCUACGAUGAAGUGGAUCGCCGGGAGAAUGAUGCAGUCUGGCUCACGACGCAGAACCACAGCACCUUGGUGACGGAGCGCAGCGCAGUCCCCUUCCUUCCCGUGAACCCCGAAUAUUCUGCAACGCGCAAUCAGGGGCGGCAGAAACUUGCCCGCUUCAAUGCCCGGGAAUUUGCCACCCUCAUCAUCGACAUCUUAAGCGAGGCGAAACGUCGGCAGCAGGGCAAAAGCCUCUCCAGCCCCACAGAGAUCCUCGACUCCUCCCUCCACGGGCCCAGCGACCUCGACGACCAACACGACUACGACAGCGUUGCCUCAGACGAGGACACGGACCAGGAGCCCCUCCGCAGUGCCAACGCGGGGCGCAAUAACCGUGCCCGGAGCAUGGAUUCCUCGGACCUCUCAGAUGGUCCCAUCACGCUGCAGGAGUACCUGGAGGUCAAGAAGGCGCUGGCCGCCUCCGAAGCAAAAGUGCAGCAGCUGAUGAAAGUCAACAACAGCCUGAGCGAUGAACUGAGGCGGCUGCAGAGAGAGAUCCACAAGCUGCAGGCGGAGAACAUGCAGAUUCGCCAGCAGGUGGGGCCCAUCCACCCGGCGGCAGCGCCACCCCCCAGCGAGCGCCCCGACCACGGCCAUGUGGCCUCCACGGCCACGGGAGCCCACCGCCGGGACCGCCACGCCUUCUCCAUGUAUGAGCCCGCCACUGGGGCCCUCAAGCCCUUUGGCCAGCAGCCGAUGGACGACCUGGUCACCCGCCUUUCCACUCCGUUCCACCCCGGGGAGGUGGACGAGGAAGCCUUAUAUUCCAUCCACAACCAGGCCAGCAUCUACCGGAUGCGGAAAGGCGGCUCCAUCUCCUCAAUGCCAUUCCCCCAGUCUUCUCCCCUCCUGUCCUGCGCCCCGGAGAGCGGACGUCACAUGACUGGAAAACUGGACCGACAUGGCAGCGGCACAGACAGCGAUUAUGACAACACGCAGGGCGGGGAUCUGCCACUCAGCAUGGAUGGGAAGCGCUUGCUGGACCUCAGCAAGGACGAUGACUUGCACCCAGAACCUGAACCACUGGAAGGCGACCUGGACCCGGGCCUGCCCAGCACGGAAGAUGUCAUUCUCAAGACGGAACAGGUCACAAAGAAUAUCCAGGAGCUCCUCCGAGCUGCCCAGGAGUUCAAGCACGACAGCAGCUUCGUCCCCUGUUCGGAGAAGAUUCACGCUGCCGUCACGGAAAUGGCGUCGCUUUUCCCCAAGAAGCCGGCCCUGGAGACGGUGCGCAGCUCCUUGCGCCUGCUGAACGCCAGCGCCUACCGCCUGCAGAGCGAGUGCCGCAAGACGGUCCCCCCGGAGCCGGGGGCCCCUGUGGACUACCAGCUCCUGACCCAACAGGUCAUCCAGUGUGCCUACGACAUCGCCAAGGCCGCCAAACAGCUGGUCACCAUCACCACCCGCGAGAAGAAGCAGUGAAGGGCGGGCAGGCGGGGGGGGGACGAGGCUGGCGCAGCCCCUCUUCCUCCCCACCCCCCCAGCUCCUCCCUUCCCCACUGGAGGAUUUUGGGGGGUGCAGCCACUUGGAAGUGUCCUUUCCCCACCGACUCACCCGCCUCCCUCCCUGCCAAUCAGCCUGCCCAGGCUGGAUUGGAUCAACACUCCCCACUGCAGCUUGCGGGGGGGGGCAGGAUAGGGCCCUAUAGGGCACACGCCCCAUGGCGCUGGGGUGCCUGCGCAGUGAAGAAAUCUCCCCCUGUAAAUAUUCCCAUCUCCCCAUCCUUUGGCACUGGGGGGGGCGCGUACCUGUGUGGCGUUCAAGAUCCGGGAGGAAGCAGGCCAUAGAGUCCCCGCCUUGCAUGCAGAAGGUCUCGGGUUCAAGCCCCAACGGCAUCUCCAGGCAGGGCUGGGAGAGAGGCCCCUUGCCUGAAACCCUGUUGGGCUGCUGCCGGUCAGUGCAGACAGUCCUGGGUGUACAAAUGGCUUGGGACUUGUAUUGCGUUCGUCAUCAUCACAAUCAACCCAGCCUGUGCUGACUGCUCGGGGCGGUUGCGAGUUCAAGUCUAGAACCCCUAGCUGGAGAGGGGCCACACAGUUCAUGUAGCCCAACCCCCUGGAAGGCAGGAAUCGCAGCCCAUUGACCCAAGUCGGCUCCAGAGGCAGAUGGAAGUGACGCAUCCAGACACACCUGAAGGGCCGCAGGUUAGCUUUUCCUGCCCUUUGUAGCGGGGCGGGGGUCCUUCUGAAGGGAGUCAAAUCUCUCUCCCCCCCCCUUGCAAACAAUACUCUUCCUCCUCCUCUUCCUCCCCACCUUCCCAUAUAGUGCGUGGAACUGUAUGUGUCCCAUUCCUGACCCACCUGACCACGCACCGAUAUAUAUAUAUGUAUAGAGAGAUAUAUAAACACCAAAUGUAUUUAUCUCACCACGUUCCCUCCCCUAAUAGUGUUAACACUGGAAUUACAACGUCUAGGUGCUGUGGGUCGGGGCAUCAUUCCCCCCCCUCCCCGGAAACCUCCGGCUGGAUCACUACUCCCCACCCCCACCCAUCAUUCCUUUUUGGGGGGAAGAGUAUGGGGUCUGCCAUUGCCUCCGUAGCAAAGAAUCAGUUCCACUCCCCAUUUCCCCCUCACUGGCCAGUCGUGUUCCCCCCCCCCCGCCCCCUUGAAAUCUGUGAAGUUUUUCAGGCCAUUGAGGGAAUGUGGGGUGGGGGAGACACAUGGCUAUGGAGGGCUGCAUCUGGGCACUGCGCUGGAAAUCUUGUUUGUCCUGUACAUUUGUAACAAAUAAAAAGAUGUGAGCAUCUCCC